CCAAUUGUCCAGGUUGUGGCCAAGAGCGUCGGCCCCGGCGCCGCUACCACCGCGGACGAUAAGGCCGGCAACCUUGCGAAGCAGUUCCCCGUAUGUAUUGGCGCGCGGUUGAUGCUUACCUAUAACCUCUGGCAGGCGGUUGGCCUCUGUAACGGCGCUAGGGGCACUGUGUAUGAUAUCGGCUGGGCCGCUGAAGCCGACCCGGCUCGAGAUCAGCCCUGCGUAAUCCUUAUCGAGUUCGACAAAUACUCUGGCCCGCCUUUUCUCACCACGCCCGAAGGUGGAAAGAUCGUGCCGAUCUUGCCUGUGCAGAGGGAUUUCCUCGUCGGUGCGAAGAACUGCACGCGCACCCAGUUUCCGCUGGUG